AUGCCAGCACCGAAGCAGCCGCCAUCGACAUUGUACGACAAGCUUUUCGCUCUGCAUACCGUCAGAGAACAGGACGAUGGCACUUGCCUGCUUUACAUUGACAGGCACAUUGUCCACGAGGUCACAUCGCCACAAGCGUUCGAAGGCCUCCGCAACGCCAAGAGGACUGUCCGGCGUUUAGACUGCACGCUCGCCACUACAGACCACAACGUCCCCACGAGUUCGAGGACGAACUUCAAGUCCGUCAAGACGUUCAUCAAGGAGGAUGACUCCCGCAUCCAGUGCGAGACCCUCGAGGACAACGUCAAGCUCUUCGGCUUGACUUAUUUCGGCAUGGCUGACAAGCGACAAGGCAUCGUCCACAUCAUCGGACCAGAGCAAGGUUUCACACUUCCCGGUACCACCGUCGUCUGCGGUGACUCACACACUUCCACCCACGGUGCGUUCGGUGCGCUUGCUUUCGGCAUUGGCACUUCCGAAGUCGAGCACGUCUUGGCGACCCAGACCGUCCUCCAGAAACGAUCAAAGAACAUGCGUGUGCGUAUCAAUGGCACCCUCAACGAAGGCAUCACUUCCAAGGACGUCAUCUUGCAUACCAUUGGCGUCACCGGUACAGCAGGCGGGACAGGCUCCGUCGUCGAAUUCUGCGGGUCUGUCGUGGAGAACCUCAGCAUGGAAGCAAGGAUGUCAAUGACCAAUAUGUCUAUAGAGAUGGGCUCAAGAGCAGGUCUAAUCGCCCCCGAUGAAACCACUUUUGCCUACCUCAAGGGCCGCCCUCUCGCGCCAAAGGGUGACGAGUGGGAAGCAGCCGUGAAGCAUUGGCGGACGCUCAAAUCUGACGCCGAUGCGCAUUUCGAUACGACUGUCGAUAUUGACGCCCAGGAUAUCGAGCCUACUGUCUCGUGGGGUACGAGUCCACAGGACGUGACCAGCAUUAGUGGCAAAGUACCCGACCCAGAGACCGUCUCAGAUCCGGCAAAGAAGAAGAGUAUCUUGCGCGCUCUCGAAUACAUGGGUCUCGCGCCAAACACGCCAAUGGAUCAAAUCAAAGUCGACAAGGUCUUCAUCGGAUCUUGCACAAACGCCCGCAUUGAAGAUCUCCGAUCUGCUGCAAGAGUAGUACAGGGUCGCAAAGUGGCAGACCACGUUUACGCCAUGGUCGUGCCUGGAUCAGGCCUCAUCAGACAGCAAGCCGAGAAAGAAGGCUUGGCGAGGAUCUUCCGCGAGGCAGGCUUCGAUUGGCGAGAGGCAGGCUGCAGUAUGUGUCUCGGUAUGAAUCCAGACAUGCUCUCGCCUCAAGAACGAUGCGCAUCCACAUCCAAUCGCAAUUUCGAAGGCCGACAGGGUGCCGGAGGUCGUACGCAUCUCAUGAGUCCCGCUAUGGCAGCAGCCGCUGCCGUAACGGGCAAGCUCAGCGAUGUGCGGAAGCUCAUGCAAGGUAGACAAGACAUCGCAUUCGAGCCAGAGAUGGAUGUUGCCAGCGAUGAGGAUGUUCCCCAUACGAACGAAGCGGCGCCCGAAGGCGACGAACUCGUAGAGGAAGGUACGGAUGCUCAAACAGAAUCUGCUGCUGCUCCUGCGCCUCAAGCUUCUGUUCCUGCUGGCUUGCCACCUUUUACUGUACUCAAGGGCAUCGCGGCGCCCAUGGAUAUCAGCAAUAUCGACACAGACGCGAUCAUUCCCAAGCAAUUCCUCAAGACCAUCAAGCGAACCGGCUUGGGCGUCGCUCUCUUCGAUGCAUGGCGAUAUGACUCAAAGACGCACGAAGAGAUCCCCUCAUUUGUGCUCAACCAAGAGCCUUACCGGCAGGCAAAGAUCCUCGUCGUUUCCGGUGUCAACUUUGGCUGUGGCUCAUCGCGAGAGCACGCACCUUGGGCUCUCGUCGACUUUGGCAUCCGCGCUCUCAUCGGCAUUUCAUUUGCAGAGAUCUUCAGCAACAAUCUCACCAAGAAUGGAAUGUUGCCCGUCGUUCUACCUGAGAAGGACGUCCUCGAGAUUGCAGAAGAUGCUCGUCAAGGUAUCGAAGUCGAAGUCGAUCUGCCAAAGCAGGUUGUCCGCCGCUCGAACGGCAAAGAAUACCCCUUUGAAGUCAAUUCAUUCACCAAGCACUGCCUCAUCAAUGGUCUAGAUGAUAUCUCCCUCACGUUGCAGCAUGAGAAGGACAUCUCGAGCUACGAGUCACAUCGAUCUGCAACGCGCCCGUGGCUCGAUGGUCUCAAUUUCAGAGGCAAGGUCCCCGUUGAGCCCAAGACGGCCACAGAGUGGUAA